AUGCAGUUUCGGACUGUGCUGGACGUGAAAGUCGUGGACGUGGAGAAGAGGCGCAAUCCGUCUAAACACUACGUGUAUCUCAUCAAUGUCACCUACUCUGACAACACCUCCCACAUCAUCUAUAGAAGAUACAGCAAAUUCUUUGACCUACAGAUGCAGAUACUUGACAAGUUCCCAAUUGAGGGAGGGCAGAAAGACCCAAAGAAGAGGAUCAUCCCAUUUCUCCCAGGCAAGAUCCUGUUCCGGAGGAGUCAUGUGCGAGAUGUGGCCAUGAAGCGACUGCGUUUCAUCGACGACUACUGCAGGGCACUGGUGCGACUCCCCCCUCAGAUUUCUCAGAGUGAGGAGGUGCUGCGCUUCUUUGAGACGAAGGCCGAGGACAUCAAUCCUCCAGUGGAGGACUAUGGCUCCAAGCGCAAGACGGUAUGGAUGUACGGCUUUACAGACAGCCCGAGGAAAGAGGCCUCAGGGACUGACAGCUCGGAGCCCAUGGUGCUGGAGCAGUACGUGGCCGUGGCCAACUAUGAGAGGCAGGAGAACUCAGAGAUCAGCCUCAAGGCCGGUGAGACGGUGGACGUGAUUGAGAAGAGCGAAAGUGGGCAGUGGUUUGUCAGCACAGCAGAGGAGCAGGGCUGGGUGCCGGCCACAUACCUGGACUCCCAGAAUGGAACCAGAGAUGAUUUGGAUCUUGGCACUUCCAGGACUGGAGAGGUUACUAAGAGACGCAAGGCCCAUCUGAAGAGGCUGGACCGCCGCUGGACCCUCGGGGGUAUAGUCAACCGUCAGCAGAGCAGAGAAGAGAAAUAUGUGACGAUACAGCCGUACACCAGUCAGGGGAAGGAUGAAGUCAGCUUCGAGAAAGGGGUCACCGUGGAGGUCAUCCAAAAGAACCUGGAGGGCUGGUGGUACAUCAGAUAUUUAGGAAAAGAGGGCUGGGCCCCUGCCUCAUACUUGAAAAAGGUGAAAGAGGAUUUUUCCCCCCGCAAGAAGACCCUGACAGGCCCUGUGGAGAUCAUCGGCAACAUCAUGGAAAUCAGCAACCUACUGCAAAAGAAGUCAGUCAGCGAGAAGGACAUUCAGACAGACGGAGAGGGUAGCACCACACCGGAGCGCCACAUCUCUAAGAGCGAGAUCAGCCUGCCCAUGCCCUACAGCUCUGAAAUCAACGCUGAGACAGGCAGGAGGCUGAGCGCAGGACGUGACACCAACAGCCCAUGUCUAGGAAUAGCAGCAAGUGCUGCACUAAAUGAGAAUAAAGGAAGAGGCGAGCCCGGGUCCCCAGCUGUUGCUAGAGUGGCACCACAUAGAGUGGAAAUUGGCUUCGAUGCUGUAGGGUCUCCAAAUCUGAGACAAAAACCUCCCCCAAGGAGAGACACCAACUUGGGAUUCCAGUUACCUAAGCCACCAGAGCCCCCUGCUGUGGAAGCAGAGUAUUACACUAUAGCAGAUUUCCAGUCCUCAAUCUCUGAUGGCAUCAGUUUCCGUGGAGGACAAAAGGCUGAUGUGAUAGAAAAGAACCCUGGAGGCUGGUGGUACGUGCAGAUUGGAGAGAUGGAGGGAUGGGCCCCCUGCUCCUACAUCGACAAACGCAAGAAACCCAACCUCAGCCGUCGAACCAGCACCCUGACCCGGCCCAAAGUCCCACCGCCAGCUCCGCCUGUCAAAAAACAAGACUCUGAGGAGGCUCCCCCUCCCUCUAACUCUGCCUCCAAAGCCUCAGAGCCACCUAAAAGGCCUGUGUACGAGGAACCUGAAUAUGAUAUUCCUGCAAUCGGAUGCGAAGGUGAGUCUGACACAGAUUCUUUGAAGGAUGACCGCUCCCUUGAUGUGAAGAUCAGCAGCGUGGUCAGCGACAAGUACCGCAGUUCCCCUCCUUCCUGCAAGGCCUCCCCUCCUGUCUGUAAGGCGUCUCCUGUGUUCACUCAUAGAAGAGCCUCCUUCAGGUCUGUAGAGGAGGUUGCUAAAGAAGAGUGUAUUUAUGAGAACGAUGGCUUCAGGCCGAGCAGUGGCGUUGAAGGAACCUCAGCGAAAGGUUCCAGUGAGCCCAACUCCCCAAAGAGUUACCACUCCUCCACAGUCCCACGAAAACCCUCUGGAUCCUCACCUUUAGCCGGAAGGCCCAUGAAGACCAUGACACCGGAGAUGAAUCGUAGAAGUCAAACCCUGGGCAGACACAUAGAUAUCAGCCUCAGGUCCCAGGACAACAGUCCCCUCUCUUCAUCAGAUGAAUUGAGCAGAGGGCCCAAGAAAGGCACUGCCUUCACCCGGGAUGUGGAGCAGAGAAUAGGUCAAAGCCCAUCCACCAGGCCCAAGCCUUCUGUCAGACCUAAACCACUCCUGACUAAAUCAGAGCCCCAGAGUCCUGAGAGAAUGGACAUCAGUUCUUUGAGACGGCAGCUGAGGCCUACAAGUCAGUUUCGACAUAGCAUCAAAGCUUCUCGUGGGGACGACUCUGAAACAGCUUCUGUAAUCUCUUCAGAGGACUCAAUGUGUUCACGCAGCACCUCAGAUCUCUCCUCUGUUUACUCUAAAGGUAGCCGUGGUGACUCAGAUGUGGAAGGACCCAGUCUCUACCGCUCCCUGGAUGCCUACAAGAAGGUCCAGGACUCUGAGCUCAGCUUCCCAGCCGGAGUGGAAGUCGAGGUUCUGGAGAAGCAGGGGAGUGGAUGGUGGUACAUCCGUUGGGGCUCAGAGGAGGGCUGGGCUCCUUCGUACUACCUGGAACCUGUCAGACAAGUGGGUGAUGCUGGUGGGUUAGACUCAGAUGGACAUGGGAGUGGCGGGAGUAAGUCCAACAGCCUUGAGAAAAACGAGCAGCAUGUUUUGGCCCUCAAUAAUAUCAACAUUCAGGGUCUGACUCAGCAGCAUCAAGGUCUGAGAAGGAACACCCCACCGAUUCCUUCUAAGCCCCCCGGUGGCUUUUCAAAGCCAUCCGGGAUGGUUAACGGAGGCGUACGGAUGAGGAAUGGAGUACGCCAAGUGGCAGUGAGGCCUCAGUCUGUAUUUGUGACCACAACACAACCGGCAAAGGAUUCGCACUACAUGACAGGGUCUCUAAGGCGAAAUGACUCACUUGGUAGGAGUGAUCACUACGGUUCUGGUUCUGCCACUCUUGGUGUCCGCCGAAAUGCCUCCUUCAGCACCGUGCGGCCACAUGUAGUUGUCGAAAGUCAGACAAGGCCUGCCGAACGCUCCAGCCUUGGGGUUAACCAACGCAAUGGCAUCCCGGUGUCCACAGUCCGGCCCAAGCCCAUAGAGAAGAGCCAACUGAUCCACAGCAACCUUGGCAGGGAUGUGUACGUGUCCAUCGCUGACUAUCGCGGUGAUGAGGAGACUAUGGGUUUCACCGAAGGCACCUGUUUGGAGGUGUUGGAGAGAAACCCAAAUGGAUGGUGGUACUGCCAGGUGCAGGACAGCCUGCUUCCCCGCAAGGGCUGGGUCCCCUCCAACUACCUAGAACGGAAAAAGUAGAGCCAACCCCAUGUCCUUCCCACACCCUUCAUCCCGCCUCCUUCUUUUGAUGUCUCCAAGGAUGUGGGUGGCAUCACUCCUCAAGAAUGUUAACCGCAAUCUCCUGUAAGCAAUAUGCCCUUGAAAAUGUACAUUUAUGAAAAGACUGUGUGUAAAAAGAAAGAUGUUUUAAUCUGAUGAGGAAGGACACUUUUAGUGCUGGUUUACUAAAAUGUAUACGAAGAGGAGUGUAAAGAUUUUAGAUAUUUUGGCUGGAUGAGAGACAAAAAUAUGGGAUUGGUCACCCUUGAGUGAGGAAAUUUGAGGAGGUGUGUCUUUGAGAUAUAAAUUGGUGUGAAUGGGAGUGAUAACCUCUUAAAGAGGUUUGCAUCAUGUAAUACAGAAGUUGAGCAGGGUAAUGGCUAUGCUUAUUCCUGCCCAUCACUUACUAUGAUGGCCAAUAAGUGCCUUUUGUAUUUGAUCACCUAAAUGGAGGUCCUAAAUGGUGGAUGGCAAAACAUUAAAUCAACCAAAUCUCUUAAGAGUGCCAUAGGCCUAUGAACACCACCAAGAAUAUUUCCAUGACCAAUUAAGAGCUACACUACAGAGUGCAAACAGAGUGCAACGUUUCAGUCUAGAGUGCUCUAAUUGGUCCAAUACACAGAUUAAAGAAAGAAAAAAACAGAGAUUUAAGGAACUCAAUUCACCAGAGAAUUUAUUCAUUUUAAGCCACAAGUCAUCAAGCAAACUAAACACUAAGUCUCAUUAUCAGUAUUUUUACUUAGUUUCAUUGUUGUUGUUCAUGUUAUAAUGUCUUGUGUUGAUUCAAAUCUUCCUUAGAGAAUUAUUUCUGCUUUCUUGUGACAUCUGUUUUCCACCAACAGCCUAGAAAUGGAAGUGUCAAAGCUCCUGCCUCAUGUCGUGUACUAUCUGACACCGGCAGUGGGUGCUCCAGUCUGAUAGAUUGGCAUAGUUUUCUCAUAGAUCUUCAGCCCACAAAAAUAUGUUAAUAUUCAUGUUUUUAAUCCCAGAUAUUACUAUCUGGGACAACAAAUGUAUAAAAAAAAAAACCUGUGAAACUUGAAAAUAACAGUAUAACAGUUUCCUGCAAAGUCAAAGGAACAACUUGUAAUCUCCAGAACAAAACCACCUCAUAUCUGGGUAGCUAAUACCCUCAAAAGAUGAAAACAAUUAGUUUACAAUGAUUUAGGUUUACUGUAGAGUUUUUAGCUCCAGGAACAAUUGAUUUUGUAUAUAUUUUGUUUUGUAUUCAUAUAAUAAUACCGCUGUUGUGGAGUUGUAUUAAAUAAAUACUGGAAAUGCGGUGAAAUAAUUGAAUCCCAGGGACAUAUUUGCAUAGCAUUUGGCCCAAAAUGUGAUCAAACCAAAGAGAAAUAUCAUUUCAU